CUCCACCACCACCACUUCCCCCAUCUCCUCCACGUGUCGCCAAAUGUCGAGCGGUGGGAAUCUUCUCUCUUGGAUGCAGGAUGCUGGAGCCAGGAGAUCUCGUCGAGAUCAACAGAACCUGCUACCAGCACUGGGCUCUGUACGUCGGCGACGGAUACGUCAUUCACCUCGCGCCACCCAGCGAAGACGGCAUCGACGGAGCCCACAGCAUCAUGUCGGUGGCCACGAGCAAGGCGAAGGUGAAGCUGGAGCUGCUGAAGGAGGUGGUGGGCGAGAGCACGUUCCAGGUCAACAACAAGGGGCGCCGGCGGCCGCUGCCCAUCGAUGAGAUCCUGCGAAAGGCGCGGGCGCUCGUGGGCGAGAUGCUGGACUACGACGUGCUGAGAUGCAACUGCGAACACUUCGUGACGGCGCUGCGCUUCGGGGAGGCGCGCUCGGACCAGGUGAGGCAAGGCAUGUGGGCUGCAGGCGGCACGGUGGUAGCCGUGCUGGGAACGCUGUCCGCCCUUCGCCUGGUUAUCGCGACAGCAACAAGAAAACAGGAGCAGUGA